CCGACAUUUCGAACCAUCCGGGCAUUUUACCGCUUUCCGGGGAGGUAGCCAUUUUUGAAGUAAGAUUGUGCAGAUUUAGAUAGACUAAUUUUCUGAUUUAAAUAAAUUGUUUGAACUUUACAAAAGAUUUCCACACGCUUUAUGGAUGCUUUAGUUGUACUGUUAUAUUUUUCAGGUCAUAACUAGAAUGGAGAUGCGCCGUCCGUUCGAUCCAUUGGCUCACGAGUUGGAUCCCAAUUUCCGACUCACGAAGUUUGCUGACCUAAAGGGAUGAGGGUGUAAAGUCCCUCAGGAGGUUUUGCUCAAGCUUCUUGAGGGACUAACACAGGACAGCAAUGCCCAGGACGCGGAGCAGGCGCAUUUCCAAUAUACUACGCCAUGUCCGCGAAUCGGUAAGCUAUUUGAUUUGGAAUUGUUAUUUAGCACUAGCACUGGCUCAGUCCGGUUUCCUAGAAAAUUCCCACAUUCAAUUUCCUAAAUAAUUUUUAUGCAACUGAGGAUAGUGUGCAAUCCCCUUGAGUUUAAUAAUUAUGUUUUAGUUGAUUUUUUUAAAAAUAUAUAUUUUUAUUCCGUAUUUUCUAAGAAAAAUAUAUGUCAAAUUAAUAUUUUUGCUUAGGGAUACGUCAAUCCUUUCUGGCUGGGGAAAUUAAAUAUGGCGUCUUAACCAAUUCUUAUUUUUUAAAAAUUCCCACGUUGAGUCAAUGGCCGCUCCCACCCCCUUAUACCGUCACUCCCUAAAUACAGAAACACAAAUAACAGUUUUUAAGAGAAAUUGUGAUUGACCAGCACUAGGCGUAAUUUUAAAAAAAAAUUCUGUUUAAUUUUAAAGCACAAUUUUCAGUUCCCAAUUCAAUUGUUCAUGAAUAUUAAUUAUUAUAAGUGUACUAGUCUAGAUUUAAAGUCUGGUUUUAAUAUUUUAAAAAACCCUCUUGAGAGAGGGAGGGUUUGUUUGCCCUGUGGGUGCCAAGAAGACUGAGCUCUUUCCACAAGUCCUGCACUGACUUCCAAAAGUCCUGCACUGACUUUGCAAAAAUAGUUAUAAAUAUUAAACCCAUUGCCCAUUGCUUUACAAAUAAAAAACAAAACAAAAAACAACUAUAUUAUUUUUCUAGGCUUCUAGGGCUAGGGAAUUGAACUAAUGUUAAUAUCUUAAUGAAUCAAACAAAACAAUUAUACAAAUGAGAUAUCCUGAUUUUGAUAAGUAAUAAUAUGACAUUAUUAUUUUUUUACACUCAGAAUAACAGUCUUACUUUCAGAAUUUCGUUGAAUUUUCUGUUGAAGCUUAAAAAUAAAUCAACAAACGUAUGUAAAAUAGUACUAUAGACAUAGUACCCUAGGUUUGGGUACCGCACUACAUAAGACUACUAAUGUGGUCAGGUUAUGAAAAUGUAAAUAUGCGAAACGAAGUACAGGAAAACCUUAAAAAAAGAACAAAACAAACUUGUUGGCAAGAAACCUUCAUCAGCAAACAACAGUAAAAAUAUAAUUGAAUAAAAAUAACACUUAUGCAGUAUUCAUCUUACCGCCCUCUCGGAUACUACAUUUCAGCUAAAAGCUAAGUGUUUUUAUUUAUUUAAUUCUGUUUAUACUGUUUUUGUUCCCUGAUGAAGUCUUCUUGCCGAAACAUUUGCCACUAACAACAAAAUAAAUAAGAUUCAAUAUAAAAAACACAUACAAUUUUCAAGGUGGAGGUGGUACAUUUGCCUUUUGGCAUAUUUCAAGGACACACAUUUUUAAGCAUUAACAGGGGUCACAAGGUGCAAAGAAAAUUGCUAUGAAAUGAGAGAUCAUCCUAAAUAUCAAUGGAUUGGAAGCCGCCAUUAAAAUGGCGAGAUCAAGAAAUACCACAAGCAAUUGGAUCAGCUGGUACGAAGACCAGCCAGCCAAUUUCGAGGCUUGUAUUAUUGGGCCCUUUGUAUCUUUUGCCAAGCACCCUGUGCCAAUAGAUCUGCUCUAGCUAUCUCAAGAAGGUGAAGUACUUUUCACUUUGGGGAGUCCAGUAUUUCCCAGCAUCACCUACAAAUUAUUUGAAAAAGCAUGCCCUAUGGCUACUUAUUUUUCUACUAAGUCUCACAACCCCAUCCAAAAAGUAGGCCUAACAAUGCAUUAUAAAAUUUGAAAAUAAUGGACUUAUAAUUUAGAGAUUGAAUUGCAAAGAGACCCAUUUAUUUAAUAAACUUGUGACAUAGGCAUAAAGUAAAAGUAAAAUGUUAUGAAGAUAUUUAAAAAAAAAUAAUUAUUUAUAUCAUCAUAUUAAAGCUAAUGUUGCACCUGUUCUUAAAUCACCUUAAGUUUUCUAGCACCCCCAGAAAGAUCUUCUUGCACAAUCUGGGGUGCUCGCAUCCCAAGUUGGGAAACCUUUUUAGUCGUUGUUAACCAUUUGUUUUAAUACCGGUAGUACAAUUAAAGACUAGUCUAAAUAAUUUAAAAAAAUGAUUAGUUUAACAAAAGAUCAAGUGCAUCUGAUAUCAGCGAUAUCCAUAUGUAAAUUUAAAAAGCUAAAAAUAUAUAAUUUACUCCAAUUAGCAUCAUGAUAUUUUGUUUCAAAUUAACGCCACUCACAUGUAACCACAAAUGUUUAUUUUUGGACACCCAUGGCAGGUGAUAGCUCUAAUGGUGUUAAAACAAUUUUAAAUGUGCUAGUCUUGAAUUUUUUUAUAAUAAAUACAUUUUCCUUUAAUGAUUUAAUGAAUUAGACUAUUAUGUUUAUAUCAUAAUACAUAUCAAGGCCCAUAUUAAUAUAGUAGGGCUCUACUAAGUUUAUAAUUAACCAUGAUGUUGCCCUAUGUGCAGUAUUGGGGCUAUGGCAUUUGUUUGUAGCUAUUACACUAUGACUAUGGGCCUUCAAAAGAAAAUCCUAGCCCUAAGUCUUGGGUAUGAGCAAUCUAAAGGUCAGCAUUAUAUUAUUAUAGCCGACUGCCUAAGCACUAAAAAGUGUCCAACCAAAUGGGAAGGAGGGCAAUGACAUUUAUGCUAUUUUUCUAGAUAGGCCUAUAAUUAUAGAUCAAAAUCAAAGGCCGUAGGGAAAAUAGUAAUAAAAAUGAAUACAUUUGAAGGGCCAUAAUUCAAAUGACCAAGCAGUGAGAACAGCAUUCAUUUUAGUGUGGAGGGUGACAAAUUUGUUAUUUUGGAAAGUGGGGGUUGAAAAUUGUUGACAUAAUUUAUGAAUAAUGCAUGCCAACACUAGGGCUUCUUAAAUCGAUUCAGUUUCUGUAUGCCUAUUUUUUAAAUUUUUUGUUAGAUCCUUUAGUUUAGGAUUGUAACUAUAGUAUUUUCAAUGACUAUAGGCCUAAACUUAAUUUUACUUUGCAAGGUUUUAAAUUAUAGACUAAAGAUUGUUUUUUAAAUUUAGGGAAGAAAUACUAAUAAAUAAAAACAUUUAUGAAUAUUCAGCUAUCCAAUUUAAAGAAAGAGGGGCAUUGUUAAGCAUAAUUAUUUAAUAAUUAAAAAGCCCCAAACGUCUGUCAUGAGGUAAUAUCUCAAAUAGAGACCGACAGAAAGUGAUUUUCUGAUUUCGGCCGAAGCCGAAAAUAGGCCGAAAGUUUAAAAUGACUUUCGGCCGAAACCGAAAAAAGGCCGAAGGUUUAAAAAUGACUUUCGGCCGAAACCGAAAAAAGGCCGAAUAUUAAAAAUGAAUUUCGGCCGAAACCGAAGCCGAAGCCGAAAAUGUAAUAUUAAGUUAUUUUGAAAUUCGAUCUCGCAUACAUCUGCAUACAUCGAAAAUGAUGAGGGAAAGUAUAAAUAUUUACAUUCUUUUUAUAAAAAAUGAGAUAAUCGUGAAUAUUAAUAAAUAAACAUCUAAAAUAGGGGUCUCAAACUCGCGGCCCGCAAGCCAUUUGUGACCCGCAAGACGAUAUUUUUCGGCCCGCUACAUGACGGAAAAGUUUAGUGUAAAUGUGCCGGCCCGUUUCCCUCAUUCUCAUAUCUAUAACGUGAUUCUCCGCGACGGUUUCAGUCGAAUCACACCGACUGUCUAAUUCUGAUUAUUUUUUAUAUAUUUUUGUAUGCAACAGUGAGUAGGCGGAUGAAAGUGAAUCCUAGUUCUUGAGAACCCUUAAUGAUUUUAUUGUUAUUUAUAAAGGUUGAGCAGAUUGUAACAGUUGUAAUCGCUUUUUUUUUGGAUUACUUGAUGCGGCCCACUCUCAUUCAGACACUACCUCCUGCGCCCCCCCCCCCUGAUGAUUUUAGUUUGAGACCCUUGAUCUAGUCUAAUGAAUUUUAAUAUAAAUGUAAUUUAAAUUGCUUUACAAUUUUUUUUUAAAAUUAGUAUGGUAAGAGAAAAUUUGGCUAAAAUUGGGGGGGGGGGAAUUAAUGCAAAUAUUAUUUUUUUAAACUGGGUCUCUAAAAAUUGUGGUUCUAAAAGAUCGCUUAAUUUGUUUUUAAAGAUCGUUUUGUUGGUUGUUAUUGAUUGGUUAGUUUGUUCUUAAAGAUCGGUGAGUUUGUUCAUAAAGAUCGCAUAGUUUAUUCUAAAAUAUUGCUUAGUUUAAUCUUAAAGAUCGCUUAGUUUGUUGUUAAAGAUCGCUUAAUUUGUUGUUAAAGAUCGUUUAGUUUGUUCUUAAAGAUCGCUUAGUUUGUUGUUAAAGAUCGUUUAGCUUGUUGUUAAAGAUCGUUUAGCUUGUUGUUAAAGAUCGUUUAGUUUGUUCUUAAAGAUCGUUUAGUUUGUUGUUAAAGAUCGUUUAGUUUGUUCGUAAAGAUCUCUUAGUUUGUUGUUAAAGAUCGUCCAGUUUUUGUUAAUGAUUGCUUUAUUUGUUCUUAAAGAUCGUUUAGUUUGUUCAUAAAGAUCGCUUAGUUUGUUGUUAAAGAUCGCUUAGAUUUUGUUAAAGAUCGCUUAGUUUUUUCAUAAAUAUCGCUUAGUUGUUCUCAGAUAAUUGUUUUUGUUCCAUAAGAUCAAUAAUUUUUUGUUCUUUAAGAUCUUUUAGUUUGUUCCUAAAGAAAAUUUAAUUUUCUGUUAGAGAUCGCUUAGUUUAUUCUUAUAAAUCAUUUAGUUUACUAUUAAAUAUCUGUUUUUUUCUUAAAGAUCAUUUAUUUCGGUCUUAAAAAUCGUUUAGUUUUUUCUUUAAGAUCGUUUAGUUUGUUAUUAAAGAUCGCUUAGAUUGUUCUUAAAGAUCGCUUAGUUUGUUUUAAAGAUCGUUUAGUUUGCUCUUAAAUGUCCCUUAGUUUGUUGUUAAAUAUCGUUUAGUUUGUUCUCAACGAUCGCUUAAUUUGUUCUUAAAUGACGCUUAAUUUAUUGUUUUAAAGAUCGUUUAGUUUGCUCUUAAAUGUCCCUUAGUUUGUUGUUAAAUAUCGUUUAGUUUGUUCUCAACGAUCGCUUAAUUUGUUCUUAAAUGACGCUUAAUUUGUUGUUAAAUAUCGCUUUCGCUGAGUAUUAAAUGACCAAAAACUAGAGUUACUUUCGGCCGGUGGCCGAAAGUCUAAGUCAAUUUCGGCCGAAACCGAAGAAAAACUGAAAGUUAACUUUUCUCUUUCAGCCGAAACCGAAAUAAAGCCGAAAGUUAACUUUUCAGUUUCGGCCGAAACCGAAAUAAAGCCGAAAGUUAACUUUUCAGUUUCGGCCGAAACCGAAACUUGGCCGAAAGUGAUAAAUGGCCACUUUCGGCGCCGAAACCGAAGCCGAAGCCGAAAUUUGGUCGGUCUCUAAUCUCAAAGAUUAAACAUAUUGUUUUUUGGUCUUAGUAUUUUGAAACUAUGCGAGUUUCUAUUGAUUUUGGGCCUAGUUGACACAUCAUUAAGUUAACCAUAUGUCCUGUGUUGACUGUAAUAGUCCUGGUUUUGCAUCCUUGUCUCGGCGAGUUUGAAAUUUGUCUAGGUUUCUUUCUUAGUUUGGUAAAAAUUAAUGUGUCCUUUUUAUCUUAGAUAAUAUUGUACAUUUUGUUUAUAUUGCAUGUUUUUUAUAAAAACUUGGUUGGUAAUUAAUUUUAUAUUUAAUACAAAUAAGUUGUUAUGUAGACUGUCAAGUUUUAAGCUUGUAAUAGGAAACAUGCUUUUAUAUAUUUAAGCCUAAGAUUUUAUAAUUUUGAGAAUUUAGAUGAUGCCUAUAAAUUUUUUAAUUGAUUUUUGUGAAUAUUUUAUUUCAGGGAUUGGCAUGGAUUCGUCCAUCACUCCUCUUCGGCAUGGUGGACUCUCAUUGGUUCAAACUACAGAUUACUUCUAUCCCCUAGUUGAUGAUCCUUAUAUGAUGGUCUGAUAUCUGAUAUUUAUUAAAAUAGAGUGAAAUUGGAUUUACUUUAUCAAAGGAACACGUUUAAUUUUUUAAAAACUUUUUUUUAAAAAGUAGAUGAAAGUUUAAAUAAUGCAUUCUUUUCUCUUUUUUUUUUUUUAAUUAUUCAACAGCAAAGGGCACACAUUUUCAUAAUGGCCAGCUAAAUUUUUUAUAAAUUUACUUUUAUUUUUUUUCCAUAAUAAGGUUAUAUUAUAUUUAUAUGCUAUUUAAUAUUUGUAAAUCUAUUUCUCUUUGUUACUUUUAUUAGGGUAAGAUCACUUGUGCUAAUGUUCUUAGUGAUCUGUAUGCUAUGGGUGUAACGGAUUGUGACAAUAUGCUCAUGCUUCUGAGCUGCAGCAACAAGAUGACUGACAAAGAACGUGAUGUCAUCAUACCAAUAAUCAUGCGAGGCUUUAAGGUAAAGAAACUCAGACAAAAUCAAAGAGAUAUUAUUAUGGAAAAGUCUUGUUAAUAUAUUAUUUCAAUGUUUUCGAGAUGUUGUUCUUAAAUGUCAUGUCAUUUUUCAUUGUAACUGUACAUUAACUAACUGUAUAAUUGCCACUGUUUUUGCCCAUAAUGAAAUCUGAGCUAAUUAUUAGUUUCACAUUAAACAAAAAUAUAAUAUUAUGAAGAUUGCUUUAUGCUUUAAAUUAUCUCAAGCCACAAAGUUAGUUAUUUUAUACUCUUUUAUAAACCGUACCGUUCAUAAGCCAAGUUCCUUAAUUUUGGCCAGGAAAAGUCUGAAAAGUGUGCUCAUAAGCCAACAUUAUGAAAUACUAUUUAGAAGUACCCAACUGCCAUACAUUUGAACCAGGUUUUAUUUCUAUUGAAGCCGCUUGCCUGACCCAAAAUAUCAGGGUAUUUAUUGUUUCAGUUGCGCAGACCUGUUCACUCUUACGAUUUUGACGUACAAUGUACGAUUUUAAGGUGUAUACAUGAUAUAUACUGUAUGUUUUUUUUUUUACUAUCAAGCUAAUGAAUUGAACGAUUGUGUGAUGAUGUUGUAAAAUUUUAAGAGUUUGAGGGUAAACAAGUCUGGUUGCGUGUAUUUCAUUAUUCAAAGUACUGAACAUGGUGUAUACUCAUCUAAAUAUUCUAAAGCAUCCUUUUUUUUUUUGGUGCAAAUAUUUCAGGGGAAUAUGUCGGGCUGCUGGCCUGUGAGCAGGUCUAGGAAGAUUUUUAUAAUCUGCUCUGGGUACAUUGAGCCAAUUGAUCCAAUUAUAGAAAACAAUGUCGAAAAAGUAAUUAACUGAAAUCCGCUUACAGCUAUGUACAAAAUUGAGAACAAGUUUUUCUUUAUUUUGCGACCAUAUAUUUAUUUCCAAGCGGCAAUGGGCUAUAAAUUAAAAUGUUCAUUAUAGUUAGAAAUGAGAAACAAGUAAGUUCUUUUAUUACAUAUUUAUUUUUAAAAGUCUGGAUUUUAAAAAAUAAUUUCUUUUGUACCAUAAGGCUUACACUAGUAUAUGGGUUUGGCUUAUGAGGUGCCCUACUCUUUUCAGGCUUUUCCCAGCCAAAACUGAAGGAUCAGCUUAUGAAUGAAUUGGCUUUGGAGUAAUUGUAUCGGGCAUAAUGUAAAAUGUACAUCACAUCAGCAUCACCAGUGGCACUACAACCAUAAUCUACAUCCCAAAAAUAUUAAUAAAUGAAAUGCAAACAUUUUUUAUAUUGUGGUAGGAAAAAAAAAGAGAGAUUCUAAUUCUGGCAUUGAUAUGCUUAUUUAUAUUUAUAGCGACAUAGGGGUUUAUUUUUAAAUGGGUUAUUAAAUACAGUAAGGCGUUGAUAAUCUAGACUAAUUGUUUUUCAGUCACCGUCCUGAUCUAUAAGAUUAGAUUUUCUGAUCUCAUGCUGAUUUUAAACCCAUAUUAAAUAUUCAGGUUUCUACAUUUGCCUUGUGAACUGUGAGGUUAGUGUCAUGGUAGUGCCCAUAAAAUAUUUUGAUCAUGUUUAAAGAUGGUAAAAUCAUUGCUUUUGAAAUGUUCCUAUUCUCACUCUUGGGAAUUUUUUCUCCUCCUGAUAAGGCAAUUAGGAUUUAAUCAGGAAUUUUGACACUGCAGAUUUUAAAAAUGUAUUAAAUAUUCAGGUUGCUACAUUUGUCAUGUGACCUGUGAAAGGUUACUGUCAUGGCAGUGCCCAAAAAAUAUUUUGGUCAUGUUUAUAGAUGGUAAAAUAUAUGCUUCAUAAAUUUUGUGAUUCUCACUCUUGAGAAUAUUUUCUCCUCCUAAUUGGGCAAUCAGGAUUUUUGACAUUCCAGAUUGUUGAUGUGAGAGUUUAAUGUCAUUUUUUUUUAAAAGCCUAACAUUUCGAUAUUAAAUAACAUUAAGUUAACACAAGAUUCAUUCAUUUAAGGAUGCAGCUGAAGAAGGUGGGACUCAAGUGACAGGAGGUCAAACUGUAGUCAAUCCAUGGAUGACAAUUGGUGGUGUAGCCUCAUCUGUGUGCCAGUCCAACGAGUACAUCAUGUAAGUUAAAGUAUUUUUCUCUAAUGUACCGGUAAAUAUUUAUGAUUAAGAAAUUGUAACCCAUCUAUAAGGCAGAGAGAUUGUGGUAAAGAUCUCUUUGUAAGAGAAGUUGGGAACAUUACCUUGAUGCGUCUUUUGUUGAAAUUCCUAAUGGGAUGUUAAAGAGUGUGUCAAACAUUGAAAACAUUAACUAAUAACUAUUUACAAUGAUUUUCAAUAACUUUUGUACCUUUAGAUUUGGCUCUUUUUGAGUUAAUAUCAUGAUUUGUCACGGAGCCCUUGUGACAAUCCCAUUAAAAACAGUAGGUUAUGUGAAAGGCCAAUUUUGAUAGUAUCAUAUUUUUAUUAAAAUUAAUUAUUUAUUUGAGAGUAAGAUUUUAGUAUUGAAAUUUCUACAAAUGUUAAUCUUAAUUUUGGUACAUAAAUAGUUAUGUACCAUUUUAAAACUGCCUUUACUGUAAUAUAGAUGAAUAUUGAUCUUUUUUUACUUUGACAGGUGUUAGAACUGUUGUAUAUCUGUUAGCAGAUUAAACUCCUUUUUAAUUUAAAGUUAGAUUUCCUAGUAUAAGUUACUAUAAGGCAAAGAGAUUUUGGACAUGAUUUUCACAAAUUUUAUAUUUAUUAAACUAAUAAGAGCCAUUUCAUGUCUCACAACUGUAUUAUCUUAAGUCUUAAAAUCCUCCUAUAAGGCAGAGAGAUUGUGGAAAAGAUCUUUUUGUAAGAGAAGGGGGAUACAUUACAAAAUGGCACACAUGUUUACUCCUUACAGUGGAUAAGGAACUGUUGACAUGAGUUUCAAACAUUUUAUAUUUAUUAAACUAAUAACGUUUUCAUGUCUCACAACAAUCAUAUCUAUACGUCUUAAAAUCCUCCUAUAAGGCAGAGAGAUUGUGGAAAAGAUCUUUUUGUAAGAGAAGGGGGAUACAUUAUAAAAUGGCACACAUGUUUACUCCUUACAGUAGAUAAGGAAAUGUUGACAUGAGUUUCAAACAUUUUAUAUUUAUUAAACUAAUAACGUGUUCAUGUUUUACAACAAUCAUAUCUAUAAGUCCUAAAAUCCUCCUAUAAGGCAGAGAGAUUGUGGAAAAGAUCUUUUUGUAAGAGACGGGGGAUACAUUAUAAAAUGGCACGCAUGUUUACUCCUUACAGUAGAUAAGGAAAUGUUAACAUAGGUUUCAAACAUUUUAUAUUUUUUUAUAUUAGCUUUGAAUUGCCUAUUAUAAUGGCCUAAAAUAAUUUAUGGGUAAUUUUAUGCUAUUAUACUACUUUAUAAUCAAUUUAUUAAUUAUUACAUCAAAAUUAUAAAGCUAAUACUUUGGUUACAGCAGUGUUUCUCAACUGGGUUUGUUUCAGGGGGGGGGGGGGCAAUUUGAAGUUUUAUCUGGGGUUGAGGUUAUGUAAUUGUCAACACAAGAUUGGCCAGGCAAAGCAGUUACCAUGAAAAAUGGCUGUCAUACAUGGGACCUUGAUAGAAUAUUAUUAUUCAUUUUGAGAUUAUAAUUAUUAAUUUAUAGGUAAACAUAUAACAAAUUUAGCCUAUCUGAAAUAGUGCUUGGGAAAGCUGCUGCCUGCCUACUGAUCUACCAGCUAUGUUGCUAGUUAAGGAAUUUCUCAUAUGUAUGUAACUUAUUUCAAACCCUAGACUUGCUGUCAGACACACAUUGAUAUAACUUUGAUAAAAGCUUUCAGCAUACAUAACAGAUUAAUGUAUAAUAAUUAAAUACACUGCAUAAUCUAUUUAAUGUCAAUACAGCGAUUGAAGCUCAUGCUAAUAAUAGCAAAGAAAUUUUUUACCAAUCUUGAGUUUAUGGUAAAAAUAAAGAGUACUGGUACCAAAGGAUAUAUCCCACUCUUGUAAAAACCAAACAGAAACAUCAGAAUAGUUUGAUACAUUAUAGUUGCUACAUUAUUUCAAACUAUUUCAUCGCUUAAUUAGUGCCCAGGAUAAAAGGGGUACUGGGUAUAUUAUUUUGUGUCCGUCAACCCAACGGAAAAAAAAAAGACUGGGGCAUUAGGGGCAAGAGGAAGGUGGAACAAGUACCAGUAUUAUAGCAUCAAUACUUCGGGGACAUUUUUUAAAAUCCCAUUAAAAACAUCCAGUAUUCUUUUAAACCUUGAUUGAAAUCUAACAUUGGGAGCAUUUUUGGCAGGCUAAUUAAUCGUCAAAUACCCAUGAAUCUGCAAAAUUACUGAUUUUCAAUAUUUAGCAUACUUUCAUGUCUCACAACUCUAGUAUUUCAUAUGUCUAAAAAUCCUCCUAUAAGGCAGAGAGAUUGUGGAAAAGAUCUUUUUGUAAGAGAAGGGGGAUAUAUUAAGAUGACACACAUGUUGGCUCUUUACAUUUAUCAGGAACUGUUGACAUGGGGCUCAAACAUUUAAUAUUGACAACAACAAAAGACACUUUCGUCACUGUUUAAAAUUAUUUAAUUUGUAGAACCAAUUCUUCAAAAUUCCAGGCCAGAUAAUGCAGUAGUUGGAGAUGUUCUAGUACUAACAAAACCUCUUGGGACACAAGUUGCAGUGAAUGCUUACCAGUGGUUGGAUCAACCGGAAAGAUGGAACCGUGUUAAGCUUGUUGUUUCUGAAGAUGAUGUUCGCAAGGCCUAUCAGCGUGCUAUGUUUAGCAUGGCCCGUCUCAAUAGAACUGGUGAGAUUCUAAGAUUUAAAUACAAAAUUCAUCAUAAAUUCUUUUUAUUUCGAUAUUGGCUUGAUAAUUGUAUAAUUUAAUAUAUUUUUGCCAUUGUGUGAUAGUUCAAUCAUCAGUCUGUCAUAAAGGGCUAUAAGAUAUAAAAGAUAAUAACUAAAAAUAGUUUUGCCUUUGUUCUAUUAUUUGGAUCACCUUUUCAGACCUGUUUACUCUUAUGAUUUUGGCGUACAAUGUAUGAUUUUGAGAUGUCUUUUACAAUUGUACGCAGAGACUCGUCAAACUACAAUUUUAAGAGACUGGGUUGAAAAUAUUGGUUUAUUGGUGGGUUCUAAAUCUUUAAGUUUAUAAUUAACACUGCUACAUUUUCAUAAUUAAAGUUGAAAGGGGGUGUCUUCACAGAAUUUUUCGUAGGAAUUAUAGUCAAAAUGUUGUCCUGUAUUUUCACAAAACAAAGUGACCGGAGAUUGCAAUAUUAUCACUCAUCUACUUUUUACCUUUGGUUACCUUUUUUGAUGUCAGCUUAUGUUGAUCCCACUAGAUACCCGAUGCGAGUAGUUAAUGUAUAAAUUAUAUGUACUUUAUCUUUAUUUACUAUUAAGAUUCUGUAUUGUACGAUUUUGAGUCAAUAAUGUGCAAUUUUAGGAGUUCGAGGGUAAACAGUUCUGCCUUUUUCUAAUAGCUUUUUAUUUAGUUAGCUAGAGUUAGUUAUAUCCUUUAUGUGUUUUAAUUUUUUUUUCCCCACAUAGCGGCCAGACUAAUGCAUAAGUACAAUGCCCAUGGUGCCACAGAUGUAACUGGUUUUGGUCUUUUAGGCCAUGCCAAUAAUUUAGCUAAAAUUCAAAAAAAUGAAGUGGGCUUUGUAAUCCACAAUUUGCCAGUUAUUGCUAAAAUGGCAGCCAUCAGUAAGGCAUGUGGUAAUUUGUUUGGGUUAUUACAAGGGACGUCUGCUGAAACAUCAGGUAAGAACCAUUUAUUUUUAUGUCAGGUAAAUUGAUUACAACCUUAAAUCUAAUUGAUAUGUACUAUUUCCUCUUAUGUCAGGUUAAUUGAUGCACAACCUUAUAUCUAAAUAGUUUACUAUUUCUUUUUUUAGUGCAUAUUUAAGUAAUCCAGGAGAUAGAAAUAUGCGUGGGUGCUCUUAACUCUCACAUGGAUAAAUAAUUUUGCUUCUGCCCAUAAAAAUCCUUUUUUUUUCCUAUCAGUUUUGUGAACAGUUGUGUUGCUUACAAAUAACUGGCUUUAUUGAUAAUUUUGUCUUAAAAGGUGGUUUGUUGGUAGCCCUGCCUAGAGAACAGGCUGCUGCUUUCUGUAAAGAUAUUGAGAAACAAGAAGGUUAUCAGUCCUGGAUCAUAGGCAUUGUAGAAAAAGGAAAUAGAACAGCCCGUAUCAUUGAUAAGCCAAGGGUAAUUGAAGUCCCUGCAAAAGAUAGGGAAGGGGAAUUAUGGUAAUUGUCUUGUUUUGUCAAAUGUUUUUCAGUGUCCAUACUCAUUAUUUGAUCUUGUAUUUUAUAUCCACAUUGGUGUUCAUUACAAUUCCUUUUAUGUGCUGUCUUGUGAACACUAUAUCUUGAGACCAAUUGACUGUGCAUUGUUUUAAUACUGUACUGUUACAUAUUAUUAUUAUGUUAGGACUUAUUGUCAUUGCAUAAAUGAAAAUAUGUAUCUUUGAAACUGAAAUUAAAACUAAAAUGUAAGCUGUAUUGAGGGUUUACUUUUAUAGUUUUAAAGGUUGUGAGUGAAGUUUGAAUCUGUGUCCACUUCACCUUAUUAGGCUGCAAGAGGAAAUGUUUUCAACCAAUCAGCUUCCUUGUAAUGUUGUACCAAUAGCAAUAGUUUGGUGUUAACAUCCAUGAUCUUAUUGAUAGGAAUAUAAAUAACCCUGUCUUUUGAGAGUAUUCUCCCCCAUUUUGUUAAGAAGUUUUAUUCAUCAUGAGACAACAGAACUAAUUUUUAAUAAGAUUAUUUUUAUGUUUACAAAACAAAGGAUUCUCAUUUGGUUUUUAAGUACUAAAACCUCUGCACUGCAAAUCAAAUCCCAAAUUGGGGUUAUAUAUUUUUUAAUAUAUGUAAAUGUAUCAUUUCAAAUGUUAUAUUUUGUGGUAGUUGAGGCUAACUAUUUCAUCAUUUUCUGCCUGUAAUGUAUGAGCCUUGAGCAAGCUUGACAACAUUAUUGUGCAGGGAAGCUUCAGAUUUAAGAAGUUCAUUUAAUAUGGUGUACCACUUUCUCUAUGAAGCUGAUAGGUUCUAACCCCUUUAUAGGGAAAAUCUAUUUGUGUGAUAAAAUUGAAAUGAAAGAGGUAGACUUUUGAGUUCUUUGUCUGAAAUUCAUGCUUUUGUGUUUAUCAUAUUGCAUUCUCAUGAGCCACUAUCACAGUCAUGAAUGAAAAUUAAAAAAUAGUUUGAAUUCAAAGAGUUUUUCUUAUGUUUAAAAAAUAUUUUUUUUAUAAGACAGUGCUUACUUUAAAUAAAUACCCUGUUAUUAUUAAUAAGGUAGAUAACUUAUCAAUUUUUUAAGUAAACAUUUCAACGAACCACUAUUUACAGAAAAGUUAUUGGUUGAUUGCCCUUGUCUUUACUCAUUCUGACAAAUAUUCAUCGCUCUUGUUGGCAUUGUGAAACUACAAAAAUAA